GCUCCUCCCACUCCCCCCGCGCGCAUCGUCAGCGCAGCCCGUACUAGUACCUGCCCUCUCUGCUCCUCCUGCGCUACAAAACCUCUACGCAUGCGAAGUGACUCUCCCUUUUUUUUUGUAAGCUAGAUAAAAGGGUGGUGUAACACAGUCCAUCAUGGAGGAUGGUGAUUUUUCAACUGCUGAAUCUGGGGCCUCAGCUACAUUCCCUCAGCAGUGUUCUGCUCUGAGGAAGAAUGGCUUUGUCAUGAUCAAGGGAAACCCCUGUAAGAUCAUGGAAAUGAGUACCUCUAAGACUGGCAAGCAUGGCCACGCCAAGGUUCACCUUGUAGGAAUUGACAUCUUUACUCAGAAGAAAUAUGAAGAUAUCUGCCCAUCUACCCAUAACAUGGACGUCCCACAUGUUACAAGGAAAGACUACACGGUUAUAGACCUCACAGAUGGUUACUUGUCCCUGAUGGAUGACGCUGGAACAACCAGAGAGGACCUUAAACUACCAGAUGCCGACAUUGGCAAAGAAAUCGAGAAGAAGUUUGAUAAUGGAGACAAUUUCCUGGUCACUGUGCUGAAAGCUACAGGAACCGAAGCUGUUGUUGCCACCAAAAUCCAGAAUUAGUAUUUGUCCAGGACAGCGCCGAGGACCUCGCACUCCUACUCUCCCAUGUGGCUUUGCAGCCUCACCAACGCGCCUGGCCGUCACCCCACAUCUCUACCGGUCCCCCCCCACCCACCCGCUGGUCAACUGAAGUCUGGAAACUGGACGGGGUCCGCUUCAAUCAUGAAGUUAUCCACCUGCAGCCGUCACUGCUUAAUUUUGCAAAUUGCUACUGAUAUUAUUUCAGGAAUACCUAACAACAUUCCAGCAUUUCAUAACAUUCUUUUGAGUAUAGGUGACGUGUGUCUUUUUUCUGUCUGCAUUACUUUUUAAAUCCCUCUUGUCCCUUUUUUUUUUUUUUUUUUUUCUGAAUGAAAUGUAUAGUGCGUUGGAGUUAGCUGUGAGCAUGUACCCUGAUGUUUUGUUUACAAUUGUGACGCCGCGCCUUGCUUUCAACUUAAAAUUCUCCCCUAAAAAAAAAAAAGAUUUUUAUCUCGGCUGACUUAAUACCUCAAACAGGCUCCAGCUCUACAGCUCGAAGAACUUUAAAAAAAACAAAACAACAACUUCAUGGCCAGACUACGCCUUUUUCUGCCUUUGACAAUUAAAACAUAUGCAUGCAAACUUCUAAUUGACAAUUGACUUGUAUGCCCAUGCCCGAGCAGCUGUGAAUUUAUAUAAAAAAAUAAUUUACUUUGCAUUUCAACUGUAGCAAGGAACUGCUGUUUUGCAACUGAACAGGGGCGGGGGGUGGCUGGUUGCACCCAUUUUCUCAUCUAUGCUAUAAAACAUUUUCCUUUCACUUUGAGGCCUUUAUGUAUAGAAAAUAAUUUUGAAAAGAACAAACCACUGAACACCUUAACGGUUAGCAACACCACACUGCUUGAGAGGGUUCUUGGCACACGAUAGUCGCAACGGUAAUCGUUUUACGCUUUGUAAGACUUAGUCAAAUCUAGAUCAUGGUUCAGCUGUGGGGGGGGGGGGGGGUCAUGGGAGACCGGAAUAUACGAGUGUUACCAUAGAGCUAUCUUAUGGGGCUACAGGUGGGGGGGGGAAGUGGUUGUAGAAAGUACAUUUGGGGUUGACAGGUCUGUUUGCUGUGUGAUGGAGAGUUCACGCGCUAAACUGGAUUGUGGCUCAAAGUAUUUUUUAAGAAAUUGGGAGACUUUGCAAGAAAAUCAGAUUGUGUUCCAUGCGGUGCUUUGACAUGGAUGCUGUUGACUGAAUUCAGAUGCAGGCAGUUUCUCCCCCUGCCUCUCCUACCAUUAAAAUAAACUGUAAAGUUAUUUUA